CUGCCGCUUCCUUCUUUGAAAUGUCUGGCAGACAGUUUGAUAGCAGAACAUCUCAACUUGUUACUAGUUGACUGAUCAUUUACCUCAACAACAUAUGUUACCAUAGUUCCUGCCUCUCUAGCGUCCUAUGAGUGCAUACAUGCAAAUAACAGUUCUUUUCAACUCCACCUUUUGAUGUUGUUCCAUUUGGGGACUAUCAUUAUGUCACACGUGUAAUGCACAGCUUGUCGACCUUUCAAAUUAGAGCCCCUUAUGAUGGAAGAAAAGCUUUGGGGGUACAGCGGUAUCUUACCACUGUACUUAUUGCUGUAAACUGUAUUCCAUGCCAUCAUUACCAGUGAAAGAGACACUUCUCACAGGUGAAACCCAUAAUAUUUGACCUCCCAAACCACACUAAAUAGAAACGUGGUAAUAGAAUCUGCUUUGAAAUACUUACAGGAGGAGAAGGAGGAAAGUUCAAGUUAAAGAAAGAAACCAAAGAUUGUUGUGGUUGCGUUAAUAUGUCAAUCCAAAUAGUUUACUCAAAAUGCAGAUGUGGUAUGCAAGGUCAGUCAGAUAUAGAACAUUGUUUAGGUCUCAGAAAGAUCCACUGAACACAUACUGACUGAUUAACCUGUCCCCCUCCCAGUAUCCCCCGACACGUGUUCUUCUAAUGCUGCUCUUACUGAGCCAUUAAACUGCUAGUUGGCUGGAAGCUCCUGCGUAUCAGUUACUGUUAUCGGACACCAGACCAGACGGCCAGGCACGACAGUAUCCCACAAGGCCACGUGCGUAGCACCUGUUCCGGAGCAUUCUGUCACACUGGCCUUGGCACCUAUGCCCCACAGGACACUCCACUGAAUGACAUCCAAGUGGCACAUCUUAGAAGUCUACAUGCCACCACAGCAAAAAAUAGCAGUGCAAAAGAUGAAAACAAGCUCCUAUGACCUCAGUUACAGUGCCAUUAUUGUGGCUAAACUCAGCUACAUGCAAGUUUCAAGUUUCAAGUCUUUUAUUGUCAGAUGCACAGAACAACAACAGAGUCAGACUGGGCACUGAAAUUCUUAAGAAAAGACACCGCACAACAACCUACCAUAACAUGCAGUCAAAUCCAAAGACAAGUUACGACUGGGUGAUUAUCAGUUGUGUGUUUCCUGAAACAGAUUCCAUCUUCAGAUUUACUUAGAAUUUUGAUGAUGAUGAUGUAGACAUUAGUGCCCUUCAGAAAAGAAUCUCACUCUUUUUUUAAACAUGUCUGACACAUAAUGAGGCCUGGUAUCGUAUCUGCUGUGAAUGACAGGGAUAUCGAACAGGAGCUGGAAGGAAGUUGGGUGAGCCAUUUCACCACAGGAUACGGAAAGAAGAUGGUGGCCUACCGCCGAGUCGAUGGGAGCCUGAUCAGGUCACGGCCUGAGCCAGAGGCGGAAGUAGAUCCUCUGGUGAAGGCCAUAUGGGACGGUAAUGCAUCAUUGGUGAGGACAAUGGUUAGAGCUCCUGACUUGAAUCUUCUACAGCUAAAUGAACAUGGAUGGAUGCCCAUACAUGAAGCUGCGUAUUAUGGUCAAGAAGAGUGUCUCAGGGCUCUCCUGGGAGCUCAACCUGGAAUGGUCAACAAGCGCACUCGGAAAGAUCAGAGCGCCCUCAUCCUGGCAGUAGGAAGAGAUCACUCCAGGUGUGUGGAGUGCCUCUUGGAGCAAGGAGCUGACCCUGAUAUCGCAAACAACGAGAAGGAGACCCCUCUUUAUAAAGCUUGCGAACAAGGGAAUGCAGAGAUGGUGGCCAUCCUUUUGAACUUUGGUGCUGCAGUGAACAAGCUGUGCAUCCAGGGCGGGACGGCCCUGCAUGAAGCCGUGGCCAACAACAAUGUUGAGAUCUGUGAGAUGCUAAUAAAAGCUGGGGCGAAGAUUAACAUUGUCAACAAGUACGGCGUCCUACCUCUCUUCCUUGCUGCCGCGAGUGGACAUAUGAACACCCUGCGUUUCCUCUUAAAAAACGGUGCGGAUAUCAACAGCCACGGAGGAGACGGUGCCACAGCCCUCUAUGAGGCGUCGAAGUACGGACAUGAAGAUAUUGUGGAGUUCCUCCUCUCCCAGAAAGCAGAUGCCAACAAACAGGGCAGGACCGGCCUCCUUCCCAUCCAUAUCGCUGCUCUGAAUGGGAAUGAUGGGAUCAUCCAGAUGCUGAUACCGGUCACCAGUCGAGCAAGAGUCCGGCGCUGUGGCAUCAGUCCGCUCCAUCAUGCUGCCGAGCGCAACCGGGAUGAGAUUCUAGAGGUUCUGAUCGAGGCCGGCUUCGACGUGAACGCAGAACUGUCUGAAGACCACUCCAGGCUAUACGAGGAUCGGCGCAACGCACUUUACUUUGCCACCAUCAACAACAACCUCGAGGCUACAACCAUGCUACUGGAGGCCGGUGCUGACCCCAACCUGGACAUCUUUAGCCCCCUGCUGGUGGCCGUCCGCCAGGGCGCCAUGGAGAUCGUCACCCUGCUGGUGGAGCAUGGAGCCAACGUCAACGUCUUCAUCCCCACCGUCCCAACCACCUUCCCAGCCACGGUCAUGUUCACCAUGAAGUACCUACCCAUGCUGAAAUACCUGAUGGACAAUGGCUGUGACGCUAUGUCCUGUUUUGACUGCUCAUACGGGAGCAACAUUCAUCCGCCCAUCAAGGCAACACGCAGCAGAAGAGAUGAGCUGCGCCACAGACCGGAGGAACCAGACCACACCAGUGUACAGUUCUGCGAGAUGAUCUCUGAGCCCUCCGUUUCCAAUUGGGCAGGGCCCAUCAUAGAUGUGCUUCUCAACUACGUUGGCAACGUGAAGCUGUGUGCGAGACUCGUUGAACAUCUCGAUAGCUAUAGUGAUUGGGAACACAUCAAGGAGAAAUCAGAACCCCCCAGAACACUGAUGCACCUGUGCAGAGUGAGAGUGCGGCAGCUGGUCGGGAUUAAGAGAUUACGACACAUCGACAAACUUCCCAUCCCCGGAAGACUGAUCAACUUCCUCAAGCAUGUUAACUCCUUCGAAGAGCUAUGAGCAACCAUUACACAGGCGGACUUUCGCCGUUCAGUCACUGUGGUGUCGCUAGCUGCCAUUUAACAUAUCAUAUCUCUCAGAAUUCAAUCACAGUUGACCCAGAAAGCUUUGUGUGGCUUUGUUGGAGUUGAAUAUGGCUUUGUGGAAGAUUUUAAACUGUUUAUCAGGUUGUUCUGUACCACUUCACUACUUUUUGUAUAUGUCAGAAAUGUCCUCUAUUUAAAAAAUAACAUCACAUAUGCAUAAUUGAAAUGUGUUGUUCUGUGUUGUACCUGUAUUGAAUCUGUUUCUGUUAUGUAGGUAGAGGGGGAAUGUUUUGCGCAGAGAAUGUUCCUAGAAAGAUGACCAGUGGUUGUCUGAAUGAAUGCUGAAAUAGCCUGUGGUUAUUGAAAUUAAGUGUUAAGUGGAAGCUUUUAAUUGAAGAGUUAAAUGUAGAAUGUUGUAAAUAUUUUUUAAUGUAUUGUAAGCGGAAAAUAUUGAACUACUCAUUUUAAUCACAUACUGAUUAAAACAGAACGUUGAUUGCUCGUUACUUCCAACCUCAUAAGAGUUUCCAGUACAAUAGUUUCAAAAAUGACACUAGAUAUUGAUGAAAAUAAAAUUCAGUUUUCUUUUUA